UAGAUAUAGGUAGGCCUCGACUCUUUCUUCAUCUGUUUAUUCUUUGGUUCUUUUUUGUUUGGAAUAUGUUCUUGAGGUUUAUGCGUGGUUCGAGCACUUCCAAAAUUAUGUGUUUAGCGCGGGGUGGUGGCUACUCCCCAACCACUGCCCAAUCGCGCCACCCCGCCGCACUGCAACUUCACCGCGGGGUGUGCCACAUGUCGGGAAGGCGCCUCCGUUGGAAGCUCGGGAUGAUGCAGUUGCUCAGUGGAUUAAGGCAGCGCUACUGCCUGUGGCGCCUCCGCCGCCUGCUGGGCGUGGCCUUCGACGAGGGCGGAUUCCAGGAGGGCACUCGCCAGGCGGCGGCCACCAUGAUCGAGGCAGUGCGUCAAGCGGACUGGCCCUGCAUCCGGAGCUGCUGCACGGAGCGCGGAUCGGCGGACAUAUACGGGUUGUCCCAGGUGCGCAGUUCCUAUGCCAGCUUGGUGCGCUUCCAGAGGGAGCACCUGAGACACGCCCUCCCGGUGAGAGUGGUUCGUCGGUGGAUCGAUGGACGCAGCUAUGUGCUGGUGGACAUGCUCUUCGUGGGCCUGCGGAAUCUGCUGGAUCUGGGCAGUGCCCAGGAGAAGCAGGAAAUGAUCCAGCAGAUUCAGGGCGUCCUGGCAGACGCGCAGAUCGAGGAUCAGUUCGAUCCCAACCAUUGCCGCCUAGCCAUAGCCGAGUUGGUGCUCACCUUCUGCAAGGAACUGGGGGAGUCCUCCAAAGUGGAUCCUCCAGACCCCGAAUCGGAUGCAGGUCAAGAUGUUGCAAAUGGAGAGCGGGAGAAUGGCUGGCUUGUGGACUCCUACAAAGUGCACCGCUUCAAGCUGAUUAGCUUCAGUCCCAAAACACUCAACUUUCGCGUUAUAGAAUUUCUGAAACCGGUUCAGCAAAAGUAGCCCGAGUUGUCGCUGUUUAUAAGGUGAUUUUGGUGAGGCCCUCGAAGCAAUUGCAGUCACGUGCCAGUCAAUCUUGGUUCAACGAUCUCUAUAGCCGAAUUAUCAUUAUUUUGGGCGAGUUUGCCGACAGUCACUCUCCGGCGAACAUUGCGCGACUCUGGUCUGAAGAUAACUGAUCCGUUUGGAGGGCAACCCCAUAUACUUAUGGCUACACUUCGGGAGGUGUGUUAGGUGUCAGCUAGCACUGUGAUUUCAGUAAAGUUUUUUCCAUGUGUAA